AUGUCUUACAGCAACAACACCUACCAGGCCCAGAGCCCGUACGAGACUGAAAAUCAAUACAGUCAAUACCAGGGAAACCCGUAUGAGCAGACACCAGGCGCCGAGACUGGCAAUGGCUACGGACAGCCAGAGCAACAUGAAAUGCAGCCGUAUGGGCAGCCAGCGAAUGCCGGUGCACCCGUCAUGACGCAGCAGGAAUACUUGGCGCAGGUGUCAAGCGUGCGCGGCGAGAUCCGAUCCCUGACGACGAGCGUGCAGUCGAUUGCCGGCCUGCACCAGCGCGCCCUGGGUGGCAACGAGCCGGGCGCAGCACAGCAGUUGGAGCAGCUGGUGGCGCAGACGCAGCUUAAGAACACACAGAUCCGCAACCAGUUGCGGCUGCUGCAGCGCGACUGCGAGCGUACGACCGACAGCCUGCAUGCGCUCAAGAAGCGCCAAUUCGAGACGCUCAACAACGACUUCAAGAAGGAGCUCCAGAGCUACAUGAACGAGGAGAAACAGUACCGUGAAACCUACCGCGAGCAGAUCGCCCGCCAGUACCGCAUCGUCAACCCGGAAGCUACCGAGACAGAAGUCGCGCAGGCCGCCGAUGCCGACUGGGGCAGCGAAGGCAUCUUCCAGACUGCACUCCGGACAAACCGGUCUGGCCAGGCUACGGCUGUGCUCGGGGCUGUGCGUGCGCGGCACAACGAGCUGCAGCGCAUCGAACAGUCCAUCACGGAGCUGAACGGCUUGUUCAAUGACCUCGAUACCCUCGUCAUCCAGCAGGACCCCGUCUUCAGCCAAGUCGAGGACCAAACGCAGAACGCCGUUGGCAACCUCGAGAGUGCCAACAAGCAAGUCGAGAAGGCCACAAAGUCUGCUCGCAACCGACGCAAGCUCAAGUGGUUCUGCCUGUUGGUGGUCGUACUCAUUAUCAUCGCUAUUGCGCUUGGUGUUGGUCUGGGUGUCGCCUUGAACAAGAACAACAAGUAG